UUGAGCGAACCAAAGCCGGAGCAGUUGAAGAAUCAAAGAGCAGGAACGAAAGGACCAAGGAUGAAGCUGACCCUAGUGAUACUGGCCCUCGUGGGCUGUGUAGCCGCAUUCAGCGUGCCCACGCAGAAAGUGAAAAUCGCCGACAAGACCUUCCUGGAGAGGCAAAAGUUCCUCUUCGAGAUUGUCCACCGCAUCGAUGAGCCGCUGAUGUUCGAGGAAUGGAUCAAGAUGGGCCAGAAGCUGAUCACCGAGAAGGCUCAGUAUGAGACUUUCGACUUCUACAUGGAGAAAUUCUGGGAAUCCUACAAACUGGGAGCUCUGCUGCCCAAGGGAGAGUUCUUCGGCGCUCUGGUCAAGACCCACCACAAACAGGCCUACGGUCUGUUCAACUUCUUCUUCUACGCCAAGGACUGGGAGACCUUCGUCCGCAACGUCGCAUGGGCUCGCAUCCACGUGAACGAGGGCAUGUUCGUCUACGCUCUGACCCUGGCCGUCAUCCACAAGCCCGAGUUCGAGGGACUCAUCCUGCCCCAGAUCUACGAAAUCUUCCCCCAGUACUUCUUCAACAGCAAGUUCGUGUACGCCGCCGAGAAGUUCGACUAUGAGGUCUUCAGCAAGCUCACCAUGUACGAGAAGGAGUACAAGGACAUCCUGUACAAGGACUACAGCGAGUUCACCGGCAACUUCUACUUCUACACCAAGGACUGGAAGACCUUCCAGUGGUACAAAAUGAUGGGUCUGGACCAGGAGUGGUACGUUGAGGACAAGUACUUCCUGCGCGAGAACAUCGAAGAGUUUGUCAAAGAACCCAAGUACGUCGAUGUCGUCAAGGGACUGAAGAAGUUCUUCAUGCCCGUGGACUACACCCGUGACAUCUCCUUCUUCAACGAUGAGACCAAGAUGACCUACUUCACCGAGGAUCUGGGCUGGAACGCCUACUGGUACUACCUUAACAUGGACUACGCCUUCUUCCUGAACGGCAAGCAGUUCGGUUUGGACAAGGACCGUCGCGGCGAGUACUGGAUCUACAAUGUGCAGCAAAUUCUGGCCCGUUACUACCAGGAGCGUCUGGCUAACGGUUUCGGCGAGAUCCCCGAGUUCUUCUGGUACAAACAGAUCGAGUACGGAUACGAUCCUCAGCUGAUCUACUACAACGGCAUUGGCUACAGCUACCGCAAGAACUACUACGACUUCUACACCUACGGCAACUUCGAGAUGUACAACCAAGUCCAGAACUUCUUCAGCCGCGUCUACAAGACCCUGGAGACCGGAUUCUACAAGACCGCCGACGGUCAGGUGUUCGACCUCCACAAGCCCGAGGCCGUUAAGUUUGUGGGCAACUACCUGCAAGGCAACGCCGAUACCUUCGACAAGUACUUCUUCAACUACUACUACAUGCUGGCCCAUAUGUACUUCGCCGAUGUCGACUACACCGACAUGGAGGUCUUCCCCAACAUCUUCCUCAACUUCGAGACCAUGCUGCGCGAUCCCUUCUUCUACACCUUCUACAAGAAGUUCACCGAUGUGUUCUACACCUUCAAGUACUACCUGAAGCCGUACACCCAGAAGGACCUCUUCUACGAGGGCAUCACCAUCAAGAAUGUGGCCGUCAGCAAGCUGGUGACCUACUACGACAUUGUGGACUUCGAUGUGACCAACCUGCUGAACGACAAGAUGACCUUCGUCGACGGCCAGUACGUGUGGGACAAGGCUCUGCUGGCCCGCCAGGCCCGCCUCAACCACAAGCCCUUCGACUUCGAGUUCACCAUCGAUUCCGACAAGGUGCAGAAGGGCGUUGUCCGCGUCUUCCUGGGACCCAAGUUUGACGAGUACGGCCGCGUGAUCCCGCUGGACUACAACCGCAAGAACUUUGUGCAGAUCGACAACUUUGUGUACCCCUUCGUUGCCGGAACCAACACCAUCAAGCGCAGCUCCAAGGAGUUCACCUGGACCGCCGAGGACAGGAUCACCUACACCGAGCUCUACAAGUACGUGAUGCUGGCCAGCGAGGGCAAGUACGACUUCCCUCUGGACAUCAGCGAGCCCCACAACGCCUUCCCCGACCGCCUGGUUCUGCCCAAGGGAUGGGAGCAGGGUAUGCCCAUGCAGUUCUACUUCUUCGUGUCGCCCUUCGCCGAGGAGUACGAGCAGUUCUCCAACUUCGACUACACCUACUCCUCGGGAGUUGGCUCCGGCACCCGCUUCGUGGACUCCAAGCCCUUCGGCUAUCCCUUCGACCGCCAGAUCGAUGAGUACGACUUCUUCGUGCCCAACGGCUUCUUCAAGGACGUCAAGGUCUACUACGUGGACACCUUUGCCAAGUACUUCGAGAAGAAGUACGAGCAAUUCGGCACCUUCGACUACUCCAUCGAAUACUAAGCAGCACUGGAUCUAGGUCUUAACCUUCACCUUAACUUUAAAUAUUGCAAUGCCCAAGGCAAAAAAACCCAUA